UGAACCCGAAAUUAAUUGAUUCGGUUGGUUCAGUACCAAACUCUAAACCGUAGAACACCCUAUCGAAAAUACACUCUAUCACAGCAGAUUACUAACUACCGUAACAGAAUCAUCCCGCUCAAUCUCGCACUUCGUCUUCUUCUUCUUGGCCACUCUCAGUUUCUGAUCGUCUCCACUAUUCCACGAAAGCAAGCUAUGAAGAUUCUCAAGUGCGAUCUCUUACUCAUCGUUAUCGCUGUAACGGUGGUGGUACUGACGGCGCCGCCGACGAUCUCCGCCGCGAAGGUCGGAGUAACCUACUCCACUCCCGACUUCAGCUCUGGAUCCUUCCAAGUUUCUCCAGAAAGAAUCGUAGCAAAGAUCGUUUCUCUGGAGAUCGAGGCGGUGAGGCUUCUCGAUCCCAACCCGGAGACGAUUCGCGCCUUCGCCUCCACGAACGUAUCUCUCUUCCUCUCUGUUCCCAAUCCACUGGUCCCGAUGCUAGCUUCACAUCGUUCGCAUGCGUUCGAGUGGGUAAAGCUCCAUGUCCUUCCCUUCCACAACCGCACCAAGAUCUCCAUGAUAUCCGUCGGCGACGACGUGAGUUUGGCCGAUGCUCCGCCGCCUCUGUUUCUCCUCCGGGCAAUCCGAAACGUCCGUCGAUCUCUUGUGAAUCUGGGAAUCGAAACGGUUUCUGUAUCUACGACGUUUUCAUUCUUCAGCAUCAUCCCAUCGCCUUUCCCUCCUUCGCUGGCGCGGUUCCGGAGCCCUAACGGAGACGUGAUCAUCAAGCCGAUUCUGGAGUUUCUGGAGAAAACUAACUCUUCCUUCUUGGUGAAACUACACCCAUAUUACAUAGACUCCUCGAUUCACUCGGGGUUUGCCUUUUUCGAAGAUCCGUUCAGCUACGUGGACGAUUCUUCCAUCAUCCAAGUUCGCUAUGGUAACCUAUUCGAUGUGAUGGUGGACGCGGUGGUGAGGUCUCUGGCAGUCUUGGGUCACGAGAGCCUUCCGGUGGUGGUGGCGGAGACGGGUUGGCCGAGCUGGUCCUCGAACUCUAGUGAGGUUUAUGCUACACCAAAGUGCAGUCAGAGAUUCCUAAAUGCUCUUGUUGAUCAUUUGAGAGGUGGAAAGGGAACUCCUUUGAGGAAAGAAGGCGUUUCAGAGGUUUAUAUAUUUGAACUCUGCGACAAGCAACAAAGCAAAAGGACAUGGGGUCUUCUCGACUAUCAUCUCAACACCAAAAUGAACAUCACUUUCUUCCUGGAUGAUAUACCUGAGAUUGAGAAGAAGAGUAUACAACUCAAUUACUUGGUUAUUGUAUGCAUGCUCUUUCUUGCUGUCAUUAGUACGGUUGCCACUCUGACCUGUUGCAGUAAUAUUGUUAGCGCUUGGAAGGGGACGCCAGCUAAGCGCGAGCGUAAGGGCAACAUUAUCAAUAGGUCCCCAGAUGAAAGUCCCCAAAUGAAUAGUACAAGGAUUUACAAGGACUCACCUCAUUUGUCCCUUAUUUGA